AGGGGUUCAGUGUCUUCGACAAGGGCACUUCGACACAUGGACUGCAGGCAACUGCUCUACCCACUGAACUACAGUUGCCCCAUGACCAUCUAGCCAGAGAAAAAAGGUGAACGAUGCUCUACCGAUGGCUGCGGCACUGGCCGAAGUGCAAUGCCCUGGCCCACAACUUGCUGCUCAGAAAUCCAGACGAUUGGCAGUUCUAUCCCUCCUACUUUGACUCUGUCUUCCACCUGAUGGAUCAGGUAUGGAGUCUGUCCAAAGAAGGCGAACAGUGAGUGCAAAGGAGAUUCAUUUUAAGGGGACACUAGUGCGUUUUCAGAGCUGUGAGUAGCAGACCUCGACCAAACUGUUGGUAGCAGGCUCACUAUACCUGAACACAUUCCUACGUCAUGUGUGUACCGAUCUGUUAAUCAGCAUGUAGCUCAGACUCAUGCCGUGUUGAAAGUCGGUGUUUCUAGGUCCGACCUGGAAACAUUGCCAGAAAAGUGACCAGGGAGUUCUUCAGACCUGAAGCCGACUCGUUCAGAUGCAGUCAGAUUAAUAGAAAGGAGUGCGCGUCUGAAGGAAGACUACAGUAUGUUCAGCCUGUUGAGUUGUUCUUGAAUCGCUGUGAGCCCCUGUGCUGCUCUUGACCUCUAGACGUUGGAGGGCAGCAAUAGAGAAGAAUACACAAAAUGUUAAUCUGUGCCUUCUUCUCUUCUCCAGCUGUUCAGAGGGGUCUGUAUGUCGCACUUUGGCCAAGGUGGUGAGGUCUGUGCAGGAGAGAAUUAAGGGUGAGGACAGUAAAGAGUCCCGUCCCGUCCUUGGGCUGUAUCAUUCUCUCGAUGUGGAUGGAAAACCACAGCUUUUUACGGAGCUCAAGGCUCACUAUCAUCACGGGCUCAAGUUUGGUGAUCCUGACUGUUUACCUCAGUGACACCCAGCAGAUGCUUACUGAGGUCCCGGUUACUCCGGCGACCAGGGUGAUUGACGUGGUUGAAUACUGCAAAGAGGCCGGCGAGGGAGAGUGCCACUUAGCUGAAGUAUGGAACGGGCAUGAACGAGCUCUCCCUCAGGAGCUGCUGUUGUUGGAUCUCCUUCAGCAGUGGGGGGCCAGGAGGCCAGAGGUCAGCUUCUACCUCAGACACUGCCCCUCCUGGGUGCAAGAAAGUCAGCAGCCUCUGGAGCAGAGCUGGACCCCAGAAGUGACGGAGAGCGCUAAUUAUGGGGUUCCCCGUGUGGAGCUGACCCUGUCUGAGCUCCAGGAAAUGGCCACAAGACAACAGCAACAAAUAGAGGCUCAGCAACAGAUGUUGGUCGCAAAGGAACAGAGACUGAGGUAUCUCCAGCAGGGAGGCAGAUCUAACCAGGGACAGACACAGUCAGAAGCUGAGAAGCUGCAGCGGCUGAAGGAGCGAGUGGAGACUCAGGAAGCAAAGCUGAAGAAGAUUCGAGCAAUGAGAGGACAAGUGGACUACAGUAAACUCAUCAAUGGAAACCUCUCUGCAGAGAUUGAUCAUGUUAGCAGCCUGUUUCAGGAGAAGCAGGCAGAGCUGCAGUCUGCAGUGAUCAGAGUCGACCAGUUGACACAACAGUUGGAGGAUCUGAGGAGAGGGCGACUUCAGUUGCACUCUGUUGCACCAGCUCAGGGGGCACCCUCUGGUUCCCAUGGUGCCGCCCCUGGUCAGAAAGGAUCACCCCUGUCGGGCCCUGCAGCACUGGAGCUGAGGAAACUCUACCAGGAGCUUCAAGCUCGGAAUCGUCAUAACCUGGAACAAAGUAGCAAGCUGGCCCAGAACAAGGAGCUGCUGAACAAGAGGAACGCCCAGGUGACAGUGAUGGAUCAGCGCAUUGGAGACCUGAGAGAACGGCUGCAUAAGAAGAGAGCAGAAUUGAGUCGUAUUAAUGGAGGAGUGUCCUCCCCUCAGACUUCCAGCCCUAGCAGUGGCGUUUCGGGUCGAGUGGCAGCUGUUUGCCCCUACAUCCAAGUUCCAGCUGAGGGGAGACAGGAGGCAGGGUACCCCCUGCUGUCUGACCCACCACCUAAGCCCACCCCUCUCAGCCACAUCCGCUCCCUCUCAGAGGAUGACAGGAGUGGUGUCAGGAAGCCGCCAAGCCAAUGGAAAGUGUCAGAUUUAGACAUUGUCCUGUCAGGGCCCAGUGAAAUGUGGGAGGGACCUCGGUCCCCUCAGGGGGGUGACAGUAACAACACUAAUGAAGCAUCAUGGCCUAGCAUCAGUAAAAGUGUCUCAGACUGGCGGACCAACAGUCCAGAACAGCUUCCCUCUGGUUAUGGUACCUACCCCAGUGCUACCCACCAGACUGCGGGGCAUCACUGUGCCACCAGUUCCCUGCCCCGUUCUGCUCCUGGUACGCUGGGCUGGCCUCGUUCCAGUGCUGCAAACGCCACAUCAUCCUCCUCUUCCUCACAGCAAAUACAACAGCGUAUCGUGGUCCCUCCAAACACAAGCCAUGCUUCUGCCAUGACCUCCCAGCCCUCUCCACUGACCCCACAAACGGAGCGAACAGAUCCCCCUCCAGCAGUGGCUGUACGACCCUACGUCCCAGAUCAUCCCUCCAGGCCCCAGUCCCCCAGGAAGGGUCCGGCCACUAUGAACAGCAGCUCCAUCUACAGCAUGUACCUCCAGCAGCCUCAAGCCAAAAACUAUGGAUCUCUCAGCAACAGGACUACUGUCAAAGCUGUCUAUGGUAAACCAAUCCUCCCCACCUCCUCAGCCUCUCCAUCCCCUGUUCCGUUCCUCCAGGGAGGAGGAGUACGAGCAGGUGGAGAGGAUGUUACAGAUAAGGGAAGAGGAGGGAAAGGAGGAGGAGGAGAAAGCAAUGAUAGGCAAAUUAUACCUCCACCAAGUGUGGACAACAUCCCUCGUCCACUUAGUCCCACUAAGCUCACCCCAGUUGCCCACUCCCAGCUUCGCUACCAGAGCGAUGCUGACCUGGAGGUUCUCCGUCGACGCCUCAGCAAUGCCCCACGACCCCUGAAGAAACGAAGCUCAAUCACUGAACCAGAGGGCCCACAGGGGCCAAACAUCCAGAAAUUGCUGUAUCAGAGGUUCAACACAUUGGCAGGAGGCAUAGAAGGAGGCUCAGGCAAUACUUUCUACCAGCCCGACUGUUUAUUGGGUGACAUGGACAACAUCCAUUCAGCCAGUGGAAAUGAUGAACCUGGUGACAAGCACAGCAGUGUGGGAGCUGUGGAGGGCGAAGGUCAAAACCAGGAUUCUGGCUCUCGAUCCCUGUCCCCUCCUUCUAUUGCCAUAGAAACAUCCAAAGAGGCAACAACAGAAAAUACCAAUAAUGUGUCUCUGUUGACCCAACCUAGCUCAUCGCCUGCACCUGAUAGGCCAGAGGACCAAAACAAUAACAACCAGAGAGGUUCUAGUCCCGGCCAUAGCACUGGAGGCCAUGCCUCUCCAUCUCUAUCAACUUCCACACCACCUUCACUUCCUAAGGCUAAGCGAACCAACCUGAAGAAGCCGUCGUCAGAGCGGACAGGCCAUGGCCUUCGAGUCAAGUUUAAUCCUUUAGCUCUCCUGCUGGAUGCAUCGUUAGAGGGAGAGUUUGAUCUGGUUCAGAGAAUUAUAUAUGAGGUGGAGAAUCCCAGUAUGCCGAAUGAUGAAGGCAUAACUCCUCUUCAUAAUGCUGUCUGUGCUGGCCAUCACCAUAUUGUCAAGUUUCUACUGGACUUUGGCGUGAACGUAAACGCAGCCGACAGUGACGGGUGGACUCCUUUGCAUUGUGCGGCUUCAUGUAACAGCGUCCACCUCUGUAAGUUGCUAGUGGAGUCAGGAGCGGCCAUUUUUGCCACAACAAUUAGUGAUGUUGAAACAGCAGCAGAUAAAUGUGAAGAAAUGGAGGAGGGCUACACACAGUGUUCUCAGUUUCUAUAUGGUGUGCAGGAAAAGCUGGGCGUGAUGAACAAAGGUUUGGUCUAUGCUCUGUGGGACUACACAGCCCAGCAGGAUGAUGAGCUCUCCUUCAGUGAGGGUGACGCCAUCACCAUUCUGCGUCGCCGAGACGACACUGAGACUGAGUGGUGGUGGGCGCGACUUAAUGACCGUGAGGGAUAUGUACCUAGAAACUUGUUGGGGCUGUAUCCAAGGAUCAAACCCAGACAGCGCUCACUGGCAUAAAGCCCAGAUCAGGAGCCACGUGCACGCUCACAGAAGGCGCAUGCACAUUAAGAGGAAGAGGAGCCGAAGCAGCAUGUGGGCAGAUAAACUGGCUGAAAAGGAAAGAAGAAAAGGACAGAGGUAGACAAGAGAGGGAAGAAAAAGGAACAAAGAUGGAACUGUUGAACAUUUUUUGGUGUGUUUGGAUGUAACGCUGGAAACACGGAGCCACUUUAUUGUAGAAUCUUAACAUACUUUCACUGCUUUGCUGCAGUUAACAGAAAUGGCCUGAAUUCUACAUUAUUUUUAGCAACAGCAGCUUGAAACUUCUAGAAGAGUUCAGCCGCAUGGCAGAAGCUGAAUUUUUUUAAAAGUCACCAAAGCUUUUGGAUACAGCUUCAAGGUCCACUUAAGUCUACUUACCUCAAAAGCUGGUGGCAUUGUGCUUGGCAUUAUAAGGCUCU